CUUGAGCCAACAAACUACACUGCACCUGGUAGAAACACCCCUGCCUGCCUUCUUCGCGCUGUUGACUGUGCCGCCCGCCGCGCCAAAACCCAGCGCACCUGUGUUCUUUUUUCCGUAAACUAUACACGUCCCUCCAGCAAAUAUAUAGGCUCAGAGGUCGCGCAAGACCAGCUCGCGCGCUUCUGUGGGUCCAGGCGUAGCGAGGCGCUAGGGCCGCUGGGCCCUGGCCCACGAGACCUAGCAUGGACCCAGAGUAUGCAUAUGCGGCUGGGCCGUCUACGUCUCAGGCGCAGGCCCCACCUGCAUCCCCACUCAGAGACAGCCGAGGGCCAAACCUGCAUGCCUCCAGCCCGGCGCGCAGUCCUAUGUGGUCGCCAAAAUCUCGAGUAACAUAUAGCGAUCGGUUUAUUCCAUCAAGAGCACCCACGGCACGACUGGACUUCAGCAUCCUCGAUCGCGAAAUGGCCACGUCGGAAGUGUCCAAACAAGCGACAGAAAGAGAGGACCUAAACCCCGGAUACAACCUCUUGCUGCGCUCGGAGCUCCUGGGGGCCACAUUCCCGGGGCCCAUCUCCCCAGACAAGGUUCAGCAGCUGGAGCAGCUGCGGGCGCCGGCCAGCCCCGGCAAGAGCCUGUUCAGGUUCAAGACGGGCGACGUGCACAGCCCGCACGGCGGCCCCAGCGCGCAGAGCCCCUUCGUGGUGUCGCCAGUGGGGGACGACACGGCGGCAGGCUCACCCUUUGCCAGCCCGCGGCGGGCGCAGCGGCGGAUCGCGCGGGCCCCCUUCAAGGUCCUUGACGCGCCCUCGCUGGCCGACGACUUCUACCUGAACCUGGUGGACUGGUCCAGCCAGAACGUGCUGGCGGUGGGGCUGGGCACCUGCGUGUACCUGUGGAGCGCCAGCAGCAGCACGGUGACCAAGCUGUGCGACCUGGCGCCCGCCGACAGCGUGUGCAGUGUGGAGUGGAGCUGCCGCGGCACCUACCUGUCUGUGGGCACCAACAGCGGCAAGGUGCAGAUCUGGGACGUGGCCAAGCUCAAGCUGCUGCGGACCAUGGACGGCCACAGGGCGCGGGUGGGCACGCAGGCCUGGGGCUCCCACGUGCUGUGCAGCGGCAGCCGCGACCGCCACAUCCUGCAGCGCGACAUCCGCUGCCCCGAGCACUUCACGGCCAAGCUGGUGGGCCACAGGUCCGAGGUGUGCGGACUCAAGUGGUCGCCCGACGACCGGCAGCUGGCCAGCGGCGGCAACGACAACCAGCUCUACAUCUGGAGCCUGGCGUCCAGCAGCCCGCAGAUAAAGUUCAGCGACCACACAGCAGCAGUCAAGGCCAUCGCCUGGUCGCCCCACCAGCACAGCGUGCUGGCCAGCGGCGGCGGCACCGCGGACCGCUGCAUCCGCUUCUGGAACACCUCCAACGGCACCGCCAUCAACUCCAUAGACACCGGCAGCCAGGUGUGCAACAUCAGCUGGAGCAAGAACGUGAACGAGAUCGUGUCCACCCACGGCUACAGCCAGAACCAGGUCAUCAUCUGGAAGUACCCCAACAUGGCCAAGCUGGCCACACUCACAGGCCACACGCUGCGUGUGCUGUACCUAGCGGUGUCACCAGACGGCCAGACCAUAGUGACGGGCGCCGGCGAUGAGACGCUGCGCUUCUGGUCCGUAUUCCCGUCCGCCAAGUCCACCGGACCAGACACGUCCGUGGCCUCCAUGAACCGGACCACCAUCCGGUGAUGUUCUGGUCUGGUGACCUGGCGGUUUGGCGGUCUGGGCAGUGGCGUGGCAUCAGGCGGCAACCGGCAGUGGCGGCGGCGGCAGGAGCGGCGCCGGUGUGUCCGGGCCAAGCAGACCAGCCCAACGGCUGGGUGGCUGGGCCCGGGCUGCGCGCGAUGUGAGGGGCUGCUGGAUGCUGCGUGCUGGAGAGGCAGCAGAGGGGCGCUGCGUGGGGAGUGGGGGUGUGCAGGCGCCAGAGAGCGUUUGCUGAAAGCCUAGCAGAGCAACGGUGGGGAGCUGGCGGGGCAUGUGCGGGAAGCAGCAGGGACAAGAGUUGAGUGCGCGUUAUGCGGUAAUACGGUAGUACGCUUUACAGGGUUGUGCGCAUGCAGUCAAGCCAUGGAAACGCACGGACGGGUGACCGCACGACCCAGCAAUGCCAACGAGUUGGUUGGGUGCGGGUAAGGACGACGGAAGCUGAUGCACGGGGGCAGGACACGUAGGCAGCCCGCUCUCGCACAGUCGCAUCGGAUGCAUCUACCGCAUCUACAGCAUGAGUUUUGCAGCCUCUGGUGAGGCUUGUUCAUCGCUUGCGUGUGUGGGACACCCCUGGGAUGCAACCAUGCCGCAAACCAUGAUACACAGUUUCAUGCACAUUUGAGAGUUCGACUUUGACGCUACGUAUGUGACAGUUGACGCUGCUGACAGAUGAUGCCGCAUGUUCUUGCCUGAACUGAAUCAAAGCUACGAACUAGAAAUGUGCGCACUUGACAAGGCACAGGUAACAGGGGGCGUAGGUAGCUUUGGGGGGGCUCACGUGGGGCCUGCUGUGGCGGCAGUCAUCAGGCGUGGGGUGGACAACGGGUGGUGGUGGGCCCUUAGGGAGAGGACAAAGAUUACAAGCAUGCGCAUUGCAGAAAUUGGGCCUAAAAGCAUACGACAUACUCGUUUUUUUGCAUUACUGAUCCGUGGAGCACUAGUGUGCUGUGCACCCACACCUGUAAUGUUAUCAGUCC